AUGGGUUCCGUUGCACACUCUGUGGCAGAGCUUGAUGCCUCUGUGGUCAAAAUCACUCGGACGACAAAUCUCCGCCCGGUUCCUGAACCGGGCUCGCCCGAGGAACUGAGCCAUUCGCACUGUACUGACCAUAUGGUCACUGCCCGGUGGACCGUGGCCAAUGGCUGGGAAACCCCCGAAGUGAAGCCCUUUGAGAACCUGAGCAUUCCUCCCACAGCGUCUUGCCUGCACUAUGCCACCGAGUGCUUUGAGGGGAUGAAGGUGUACAGAGGAUUCGAUGGCAAACUGCGUUUGUUCCGCCCGGAUUGCAACGGGGAAAGAUUGCUCAUGAGUGCUCAGAGAACCUCUUUGCCCAGCUUCCGGUAUGAGGAGCUGAAGGUUCUCAUCGCUAAGUUGAUGCAGAUCGAUGGACCCCGUUGGCUCCCCAAGGACCAACCCGGUCGUUUCCUCUAUCUCCGUCCCACAUUGAUUGGCAGCGGCCCUCAUCUGGGUGUUCAGACUCCCAAGGAAGCCCUUCUUUUCAUCAUCGCCGUGCCAUGGCCUGACCCGUCCAAGUUGAAGAAGCCCGAAGAAGGCACCAAACCCGGAUUGAAGCUUCUUGCCUCUUCACCCGAUACUAUCCGUGCCUGGCCAGGUGGCUUCGGCUAUGCAAAGCUCGGAGCGAACUACGGCCCUUCGUUGGUCGCACACGGUAAAGCUCAAGCCACUGGCUUUGAUCAGAUUCUUUGGCUGUUUGGUCAGGACCGUCAAGUGACUGAGGCCGGUGCUAGUAACUUCUUCAUUGUUUGGGAGAACAAGGAAACAGGAAAGAUCGAGCUUGUCACCGCACCCCUGGACAACCAGUUGAUCCUUCCAGGUGUUACUCGCCGUAGUGUUCUCCAACUGGCACGCUCAGAGCUGUCAAAGCCUACUGGCUCCCUUGCCCCGGUUGAGGUUGUUGAAAGGGACUUCACCAUUGGCGAGGUCGAACAGGCUUGGAAGGAGGGCCGCAUCAUCGAAGCUUUCGUUUGUGGCACUGCCUUCUUUGUUACGCCAGUUAGGCUUAUCCGGAAUGGUGACGUCGAUAUGGACAUGCUGGAAGCUGGUGCAGCCCGUGCAGGAUAUGCAGCCCAGAUCAAGUCUUGGUUGGAGGCCAUCAUGUACGGCAAGGAUGGCAAGGAGAAUGAUGAAUGGUCUUACAUCAUUGAGGGAGAGAGUGAAAAAUAA